GAUAAAUGAAAGCGCUUGGCCCAAGGCAGAGUGGCCUUCGCGGCCAUUGUCUGCUCACGCGGCCCGCGCGGCCGCCCAUCAAGGGUGUGACGUCAGCGGGCGAGCGGGCGAGCGGCGCGGGCCUGCCUUCGCAGUCGGUCGUCGCCAUGCGCCGUGCGCAGCUCAGCCGCGGGCCCGCGCCCGCCCUCGCCACCCUGGCCGUCCUGGCCGCCCUCGCCGUCCUCAGCUGCGUCCUCGCCGGCGGAGGCGGCCCCGGGGGCCGGUGCGUGUGCACGGCGGACACCCUGGAGUGCAAAGGUCGCAACAAGACGGUCGUGCUCGCCGACGAGCUGUGCGGCCGCCAAGUGGAUAAGUGGGAAUUGAGCCGCAAUCGCCUCUCGCAGCUGCACUUCCUGCCAUCGCCCUGCCACGUGGCCGUGCUCGACGUUGCCUUCAACCGCAUUCAAGAGCUCCACGGCCCCCUGCAGACGUGCGGCGAUCUCUUCAUGCUCAUCCUGUCGGGGAACCCGCUGCGCGCCUUGCCCGACGCCGCCUUCCAGGGGAUGCCACAUCUCAGCUACCUCGAGCUGGACGGCGCCGGCAUCGUCACGUUGAGCACCAACACUUUUGCCGGCCUCUCCGCCUUGUACUCGCUCAAUCUGCGCGGUAACCACCUUGCCAUGUUGCCGGAGAGAGUGUUCUCUAGUCUCAACAGACUGUCCUUCUUAGACAUCAGUGAGAAUCAGAUCAAGGUCUUCCCGGACAAUUUGUUUGUAGGGCUGGGCGAACUGCGCUUUCUGAAUGCGAGCAGCAACAAUUUGGUUCGCUUGCAGCGAGGCCUUUUCGAAGACACUCAACAGCUACUGGGGUUGAACUUGAGCAGCAACGAGCUCUCCACGCUGGACGAGGACCUGUUCGUGGGGUUGGUGCACCUGCGUCGGCUGGAAGUGCAAGGCAACCGCCUCACGCAGGUGCCGCUGCUGCAGGAGUGCUGCCUGCACGCGCACCUGGUGGACCUGAGCCGCAACAACAUCUCUGCGCCCGACGCGCGGCGGCUGCGCGCACUGCUGCGCCUGUCGCACCGCCUUGAGAGCGACGUGCGCAGCAACCCCGUGUCGCGGCACGCGCUCUGCGCGGUGCUGCGCGCCGCAGGGGCUGGCGGGGUGGGCGCGUGCGAAGCCAAAGGCCGCUGCCUGUGCGGACGCCUCCGCUCGUGCCGCGAGCCGCGCGAGUGCUGGCCCGUCGUGCACCUCUGCGAAGACGCCUGCGCUGCCGACUACGAGGAGUGGGCGUGGAAGAAGACUGACGAGGACGAUGACGAGAAGGAAGCGACGGGAUUCACUUCCGUUACCAAAUAAACUUCCUUCUAUACUCCAUUACAAAGGAUAAAAUCUUCACUGGAAUAUUGACAGUGAAGCAGAUAUACAAGAUACGAGAAGUAACUCAUGAUACACUACUUGAAUGUAUAAAAAACACUAGGAACUAAAUAAUUUGAUUUCACGUCAUGUAAUUUCACGAAAGAUUGUAAUUUUCGUCUGAAAAGUGAAUGGCCAAUAGUACAUGAUCUCCUAAAUUCUUUGGACUGUUCGUUAUAGAACUCACUCAACGAAUUUUAGUGUUUUUCAAUUAAUUACCCGGACUUAAAUGUUAACAUGUCAUGAAGAAUACGGAGAAAUAAAUGCAUGUUAACAUGACGCAACGAUUCCGAAAAAAUAAACUUCUGGAUGAAUCAGUAAUGGUGUUUUUUGUUCUUUUAAUUGGAUAUUUAUUGUAACCAGAAAUAAUUAAGAAACUACCAAAUACGUUUCUUGUUGAUAUCAUGUAGUUGAAAGCACAAUGAGUGGUGCGGGUCUGAAAUAAUAUUAUUAAACUCUCAAUGAAAUAAGAUAAAUGUAAAUAUGUACGGUUAUAUAUAACCUUUGAUCAAGAUUGCAGUGAUUGACUGAACUUUGCUUUGUUUUGUAUAAUACUUUGCCAUUAUACUAAAUUUUAUUUCUUUGUGUUUCUUAAUUCUUCCGUGCACGUUAUACCAAUUUACUGCUUCAUGACAAUAUAUAAUUUAUAUUAAAUAACGCCCUUGGUAUCAUAUUACUACUGGCAAUAAAAUUACAAUUCCAAAGGGACGAGGCCCGAAAG